AUGGCACGCUUCCUCUCGUCUCUCGUCGCCCAGCCCCUCGCCCCGCCCCUGUCUCCACCGCUGACGCAACCUCACCGACCUCCUCAUCCCUCGCACCAUCCCCCACACCCCCAAUUGCCCUCGAAACCACCCUCGCUGCUUCCCCCCCUGGCCGGGCAACAACCGCCGCAGACCCAAUCCCUCUCGCCGCCGUCGCUGCCGCCCAGCGUGCCGCCCAGCGUGUCGGCGCCUACAAGCUACGGCGGUGUGGACGUGGCGGGGUUGGCGCCGUUCAUCGCGGGCACGGCGGCGUGCAUGCUCGCCUUCUUCGCCGUCGGCCUCCUCGUCUCGCUCCUGCUGCGCUGCCCUCGCGUUCUCGCCUCCGUCCUCCCUAGUAGCCUCCUCGUUAUUCUCAUCCACGACGCGGACCUCCCCGAUGGGCUUGCGGGCGGUCGCACGGCGACGUCGCACGGCGAUGAGAAGAGUCGCGGGCUAGAUCCUGCGACGUUGGCGACCUUCCCCGUGGUGACCUUUCGAGGGCUCGCGGGGGGCAACAGCAGCGGAAGGGCCGGCGUCGGUUGCAAGGGGGAGCGCGGCAAGGAGGGGCGCGGCGGAAGCGCUGCGAGCUAUCAGCCCGUCCGUUACGCGCUGCCGCGGGGCGAAGCGCCUGCCGGAUGUUAUAGCGAGAACGGGGAGCUCGGGAGUGGGGCGCGUGGAGUGCUGCUGGGCACGGAGGUGAAGAUCAUGCCGACGGGAGGGCCGAAAAGGACGGAGGCGAUGGUGCCUGGCGUGGCAGGCGGGGAAGGAACAGAGAGCAGCGCAGAAUGCGACGAGCGGGGUGCGACGGCGUGCGACGAGGGGUGUGCGACGGAGUGCGACGAGGUUGGUGCGACGGAGUGCGCGGUGUGUCUGAGCGACUUCGCGGACGGCGAGCAGCUGCGAUGCCUGCCGCCGUGCGCCCAUUUCUUCCACGUGGCGUGCAUCGAUUGCUGGCUGCUCUCGCACACCACCUGCCCCGUGUGCCGCACGGCGCUAGAGCCGCGCAAAGAUGACGUGGCACUGGAAAAUGGCUGA